AUGAUGUACUUACAGAGUCUCGCCAGUCUUCUCCCCCUGACUAUACUGCCAGUAUCGGCAAUACGAAUCUGGCCCAGUCCUUCUGACAUUCCCGACUCGGUUCCUCUCCACUGUCGUCAAGCGCUCAGCUCCAACAUCACCUGCGCAAACUCUCUCAUCCGGGCUCAGGACGUGCUCAACGGGGCAACCCUGCUGAAGGAACAGGCUGUGUUGUACUGUACCUCGGAGUGCCAGCUAUCACUCGACAAUUUCAAACGUAAUGUCACCGCGACCUGUGGAAUGGGGGGAUAUGUCCUGAAUUAUCAAUCCACGACAAAGCAGUUUCCUCUAGCUUUGGCCGAUGAACUGAUCUGGGCUUACAGCAUCUCUUGCAUUCGGGACUCCACCGGUUUCUGCUACGCGGACUUACAAAAUCAUACCAAAGAGGCCUGCUCAGAUUGCGCUCUCAAGUAUGGUGCCGUGAUGAUGAGCUCCGACUAUGGACGAGAACAGUUCCCCCCUGCAGCAUACUCCGCGCUUCUUUCAUCGUGCAGUGUUCCUGCAUCGAGCUAUCCCUAUAGCUAUACUUCAAUGCCCACGGCCACCACCAUAUCAUCUACCAGCGCGAGCGGUCCGCCUACCUCUACACCUAGUUCAUGUAGCGGUUCUACGUACGUUGUGAAAGAUGACGACACCUGCGAGUCGAUCUCCCAUGCCAACUCGGUUGGCACGGAUCGCAUGAUCCAGAGUAAUUAUCUUGAUUACCAGUGUUCGUCUCUGACUUCCGGAAUGGAGCUGUGUCUUGCCAACAAGUGCAAAGUAUAUACCGUCAAAGCAAACGAUACUUGUGAGGACAUUUUGCGAGGACGGUCAUUCGGGUUGGUGCAGCUCGUGGGCUGGAAUCCUACCCUACAUGAUAACUGUGAUAACCUUGACUCGAUGAUUGGGAGAAGUCUCUGUGUUUCACCUCCCGGGGGUGAUGGGAAUUUCAACCUCCCAGAAUCUCUCAACACCACAAGCCAAAGCCUCACCACGUCCUUAAUAUCAUCUUGGGUCCCAGGAGAAACUGUAACGACAUUAACAAACAUGACUACCUCGUGGUAUACGCCCACAAUUGACCACAACUUCACGCCGCCGGUCGCAACACUCACUCCAAACGCGACAUACAGUAGCCUACUCGCGGAGAGAACGAUCUAUUGUUGGCUCACCGAAGACGACUUUAACAACGAAGAAUUUAGCCCAUUCGACUUCGACGACGACUGCCGUUCUUUGUACGAGGAUUACUGCCAGCCGGCACUCACGGACCCGAUCCCUACAUCUACUUCCAUCCCCGGAAGCUGCACGCCAACCUAUGAAACCGCCACAUCAACACCAGAGCAAACUUCAACAACGACAACCAAGACCAUGGGGCCGACCCCUACUCCUACGCAGGUUAACAUGGUGAAAGGAUGUACCAAGUUUCAUCAGGUCAAAUCCGGAGAUGAGUGCGGUACUAUCGCGGCCAAAUACGAUAUUUCUGUCAACGACUUCUACGAUUGGAAUCCUGACGUCGGUGACGACUGCAAGUCUCUCUGGUCAAAAUAUUACGUCUGUGUGAAGAGGCUAUCGCCGAGCUCGACGACUACCACUGCAAAGCCUACAGUAACUACCGCGACUACUGCCUCUACAACUUCCGGAGUGGCUACUCCAACCCCAACUCAGGCUGAUAUGGCCAAGAACUGCAACAAGUUUCACAAAGUUAGAUCUGGAGACGGAUGUGGUACGAUUGCGCAGAAGAACAAGAUCUCGUUGGAUGAUUUCUAUACUUGGAAUCCUAAUGUCGGUGACGACUGUGGAGCGCUUUGGUUAAAUUACUAUGUAUGUGUAGGGACAAAAUAG